AUGUUAGCGGCGGAGACUCGUUUGCAGAACAUAGAGACGGAGAUGGACGAAGAGGACACGAGACUGCAGGACGAGCUGCUUCAAUUAGCCGACGUCCUAUUGGGCCCGGACGAAAAUGCGAUGCUGGUGUCCUUGAGCCAGCUGAGGCUACUGAUGCAGACCGCGACGACCUCGAUGACGGCGGUACCGAAGCCGCUGAAGUACCUGAGGAAUAGUUACCGUGCUCUGAAGAACUCGCAACGCAUGGUUCAGCAGAAAGAGGUGAAGCGGCAGUUCGCGGAGGUCCUGAGCGUUUUGUCGCUGGCAGGAGCAGCUCCGGGGUCCAAGGAGUGUCUCCGAUACUGCGUCGAAGGCAACGUGACGAAUCCUGGGGAGUGGGGCCACGAGUACGUGAGGCAGUUGGAGUGCGAAAUCGUCGACGAGAUAACGAACGCUCCGGUGAGAGAGGAGCAACAGAUAAGGACGCAACUGGCGGCAUUGAUCAAGCGCAUCGUGAAAUUCGACAUGAAGCACAACGCGGAGAUACCCGGCUGCGAUCUGUGUCUGGAGAUCGAUCAGCUUAACUUUCUGGCCGACUAUUUGGACAACAGGAACUUCGGCAGAGUCUGUCGAUAUUUGGAAGGCUGCGCGGCCUACAGCGAGGACACGGAGAGAAAGCAGAUACUGAGAGUGGUCGUCGAUCAGUAUCUGAGAUUCCAGGAGUACUGCAAGGCCAUGCUGGUGGCUCUGCAGUUGUUCGACACCGAGUUGAUUUACAAAUGCCUGGCUACGUGUCCCGACAGCGUCACGCGGAAACAAUUAGCAUUUAUGCUCGCCAGACAACGGGACAACCCUCUGAAAAAAGAGUACGAAGGAGACGACGCGAAGGACAUCGAGACGAUCCUGAGCAACAGCCACGUGAUCUCUCACUUUCACUCGCUGGCCAGCGAGCUGGACAUCUGCGAGCCUAAGCUUCCCGAGGACAUCUACAAGACUUACGAGGGUAAAGUUCUCGGAAACUGA